AUGGAAAAUAUAGAAGAUAGUAAAGACGAUAAAAUUAAUGAAAUAAUAUUAAAAGAGAAAGUCAAAAAAUCUCCAUUUGAAGUAUUUUUAAUUAAAUUAAAAGGGAAAAUAAUAGAAUGUCAAAAUUUGGAUAAUAUUGAAAUAAAAUUAGGAGAAAUUGAAAAAAAUUUAAAUUUGGCAGAAAAUUUAAUUAUACUUGAAAAUAAUGAGGAAAUAAGAUGGUUUAACGGAAGAAAAUUAAUUUGGGAAGAUGAAAAGGAAAAAAUAUUGGAAAUUAAUGAAAUUGAUUGUGAAUUAUUAGAAAAAAAGUUGAAUGAAUUUUUGGAAAAAAAUAUUCUGGAGGAAAUGAACAAAAAAUUGCUUCAAAAAGAGAUUAAAGAAAGAGAGGAAAAGCAUCUUAAAUGGGAUGCCCAUAAAAAGGCUUUAAAUGAUUUUGGUUCAUUUAUUUACAAUUGGAUACCAAAUUCUCAUCAAAAUAAUGAACAAACAAAAAAUAUUGCAACAUUUGUAAUGUCCGGUUCACAUCGUCUUCGAACUGCUACAGCUAAUUCUGACAUUGAUGGAAUUAUAUUAGUUCCAUUUAAAUUUUAUUGGGAGUCACAAUUUGUUUUAGACUUUUUUGGGGAUUUUGAUUGUAUUGAGAAAAAAUGUGUUAACAAUUUAAAAGAAAAUGUGGUAUUAGUACAGGGAAUGGAAAAUGGAGAUAAUUCUUUAUUUUGUAAAUUAUGCGAGGUAAAUUAA